UUCUGUUUGGUUGGUAACUCAACGUCUGAAUUUGCACACUUUUAUGUAUGUCUUAUUGUUCUUACCAUUAUUUGUUGUUGAAGAUAUAUUUUUCUGUAGGAAUAUCACGAAUUACGUAAUUAAAUGUCAGAGCUACAGUCUGCUCUUUUAUUGAGAAAACAGCUUGCAGAAUUAAACAAGAAUCCAGUUGAAGGAUUCUCUGCUGGCCUUAUCGAUGAUGAUGACAUAUAUAGAUGGGAAGUCCUUAUUAUUGGACCACCUGAAACUUUGUAUGAAGGGGGAUUUUUCAAAGCACAUCUGUUAUUUCCUAAGGAAUAUCCUCUGAGACCGCCUCGGAUGAAGUUUGUAACUGAAAUAUGGCACCCCAAUAUCGAGCGUAAUGGUGAUGUUUGUAUAUCAAUUCUUCAUGAGCCUGGAGAUGAUAAAUGGGGCUAUGAACAAGCCUCUGAAAGAUGGUUACCUGUACAUACAGUAGAAACAAUUCUAAUAUCAGUUAUUUCAAUGUUGGCUGAUCCAAAUGAUGAAAGCCCUGCGAAUGUUGAUGCAGCAAAAGAGUGGCGAGAAAAUUAUAUUGACUUUAAGCGAAAGGUAGCACGUUGUGUUAGAAAAAGUCAAGAAGAAUGUAUUUAGAAACAAAUUUUUAAGUGUCUCACCAGAGAAAACCAGCGCUAAUUUUCUCUGUAAGAAGGGGUACUCAUUCGUUCUUGAUGUCCCCCAAAAGGAUUCAAACUUUCAUCUGCCUCUACGAAUUUGGACAUUUGUAAAAAUCACAAAAUGUUAGAAUUAAUAAGGAUGAAUAAUCAGGAUUAUUUUAUAUUGAUAUGUAAAAAGGCGGGAAUUUCUUAGUUUUAUAAGUUAUUGCUAGAGAAUCGUUAACGAAAUGUAAAUUAGGUAGAUACAAUGUAUAUUUAAUUAUGAAUGCAUGUAACAUGCAUUAUGUCUGUAAUUUUAUUCUAUCAUACAUAAAUUUGUAGUCCACUUAGUUUAUAUAACAAGACAUGAAACUUUUAAAGAAUCCAUUUUUAACAUCAUUGAGUAAUUUAAAUUGUUUCGUAUCUUAUUUUAACUUGUUAAUAAUAUUCUUAUUCAAGUUUGAUCUACUGCCAAUUUCUGUUGCUUUAGAUUAGUUAAAUGAUGUUCAUAAUGAUAACUAAUAACUGAUCAAAAAAUGAUUACUUUGAGAUUAACUAAAUAACUGUUAAAAUUAAAUUUGUUAUUGGAUUAGUCCAUCCUAUUUUACUAUCAUUCUUUUAAUUUAAGAUUCUUUAGUCAAUUUUAAUGUUAUUUUUUAAUAAUUAAGGUUAUUAAUUUCUUAUUAUUGUGUAUUUAUUCAAAUUAGGUUGCCUGAUUUUUUUUGUUUCAUGUAAGUUACUAUACUCAUGAAAUUAUAAAAAACUUUGAUAAAUCUUUAUUAAUUUAUGAAUUGUGCGCUUUCUGAGCAAACUGAUAAGUACUGAAAUGCGCAGAACUAUUUAUUACAACCAUGUAUGAAUUUGUAAUUUUUAAAAAAUAUAAUCAUUGUCAUAAAACAAAGUUAGAAAUUAGCUAUGGAUUCAGUAAGGUGUUCUAAUAUUAUUAUUGAUAUGUUUGUGUGCGUUUUGUAACUUAAGAGUGAUAAAUGAUUUUUUUUUUUUUUUAUAUAUUUUUAAUUUUUCACUGUUUGUUUUUGCUCUGUUGCAUGAAAUUACAUGAUUUUUUAUUAAUACAUCUUGUAUUUGCAUUUUAAAUUGAAACAAACAGAGAAAAAAAAGAGGUGAUAAAAGCAACAUUAAUCCAUAGUUUAAACAGUCUUCCUCUUUUGUGUUGUAACCACAACUAUUCUAUUGUUUGCUUAAUGUUUAGACUUAACUCUUGAUUUGCUAAUUAAAACUUUUGGAAUAUUCCUAUAGAAGUAAUUAUAUUUCAUUUCCAAUUAUUUGUUAUAAACAAUUGUUUCAAUAUGAAUACUUUGAAUUAUGUUAAAUUUUUCUCUCUUAAGCAUUUAUUAGUUAUAAUACUGAUAUUGUUGGAAUGCCAAUGUUUUUCUUUUUCUUUUUUGAUGUUGAAGCUUGGUACAGACAUAAGUAAUAGUUUGUAUUGUACCUAUCUAUCUCAUUUCUGUUAAUUUGUUUUCGUACAUUUUCAUAAAAUUUUGAAUCAGUGCAAGCCAAUUCUUACUUCUACUGUACUAAUCAUUCAACCAAAACAAUUUUUUUUUUAUUUGGGAACUGUAAAACUUAACAUGUUUUAAAUUGAUUACAUAAGUGAUUGCAAGGAAAUACAAUAUAGAAUGAGGAAAUAUUUAAUGCCUCCUAAUAUUUGCAUUCAAUGUUUUGUAAUAAAGUAUUUUUGUCGGAAGCUCA